AUGCAACGAAUAGUACCAAAAUUGUCCACAACAAAAUCAUGCAUCAAAAUUCUUCGCAACUACAGUUCCAUCGAACCAUAUCGACCCAUCAUCGAUCCAAAGCCGUGUGAUGUCUUCAUCAAUCAUCGUGGGGUCGAUACGAAAGGCAACGUAUCGGGUUUGUUGUAUGAUCGUCUUUCGAAAAUGGGUAUCAAUACUUUCCUCGAUAAGAAGAGUAUGGGACCCGGUGAUAAAUUAUCCGACGAGAUUGAAACCGGCAUCCGAAAUUGUCGGGUGGCGAUUGCGGUUUUCUCACCUCGUUAUGGGGAGUCCUAUUAUUGCCUACACGAGUUGGCGCUUAUAAUGGAGUGUAAGAAGCGUUUGGUUCCAAUCUUUUGGAACGUGCAACCGUCGGGGCUUAAGAUUAAGAACACGAAAAAAUAUUCGAAAUGUGAGAUUAAUCGGUUUAAUUGGGCUCUUGAAGAGGCUCGACAAACGAUUGGGAUAAGAUUUGAUUCUACUAAAGGUUCCAUCGAACCAUAUCGACCCAUCAUCGAUCCAAAGCCGUACGAUGUCUUCAUCAAUCAUCGUGGGGUCGAUACAAAAGGCAACGUAUCGGGUUUGUUGUACGAUCGUCUUUCCAAAAUGGGUAUCCAUACUUUCCUCGAUAAGAAGAGUAUGGGACCCGGUGAUAAAUUAUCCGAGGAGAUUGAAACCGGCAUCCGAAAUUGUCAGGUGGCGAUUGCAGUUUUCUCUCCUCGUUAUAGGGAGUCAUAUUAUUGCCUACACGAGUUGGCCCUUAUUAUGGAGUGUAAGAAGCGUUUGGUUCCAAUCUUUUGGAAUGUGCAACCGUCGGGGCUUAAGAUUAAGAACACGAAAAAAUAUUCGAAAUGUGAGAUUAAUAGGUUUAAUUGGGCUCUUGAAGAGGCUCGACAAACGAUUGGGAUAAGAUUUGAUUCGACUAAAGGGUAA